AUGGCCAGUGGAUCCUAUGACGAGAGAACCCCCAGGUUCGGUGAGCAGAACAAUACAUACUGGGAAGGUGAGGGCUUUCCACAAAUCCCGGUUAUGGGCUUCGUGAAGAACACGAAGCGUAGAUACCUUGUGUUCAAGCCCAAGCUUCUUGAACUCCGGAUACUUCGCAUUUUGGAAUUGUGGGUCACUGUGGGCACUCCCAGGCGCCCGCUGUACCUCGCCCACGAAUUGUUGGGAGAGAGACCCGAACAGCAGGUGACAUUGCCUAUCUUUGUGGAAAGGAAGAAGAAAGAAGCAGGACACGAGGCCAAAGGGUGUUGA